AUGGUGGUGCAUAUUCUGGGUAAAGGUUUUAAAGGAAAAGAGGUUAUUAAGAUAGCACUCGCUUCAAAGUUCUAUGGUAUUGGAGAAAAAACUGCUGAGAGAGUCUGCUCAAAGCUUGGAUUUUAUCCAUGGAUGAGAAUGCAUCAAUUGACUGAAGCUCAGAUUAUGAGCAUCACGAGUGAACUCUCGACUAUGACCAUCGAAGGCGACGCCAGAGCCGUUGUUAAGGAAAAUAUCGCUCUCAAGAGGCGAAUCGGAUGUUACGAAGGUAUGAGACAUGCAAUGAACUUGCCAGUUAGAGGACAACGGACGAGAAAUAAUGCUAAAACAGCUAGAAAAUUAAACAAAGUCGAUAGAAGAGGCUAUCAUACGAUGUCAGCGGCCGCCUCGCCGUUGGAAAUAUGGAAAAGAGCGUUUCAUUUGGAAUGA